UUUUAUUAUUGUUUCUUUGGUUUUACUUUGGGCGUGCCUUCAUACUGUUAGUUAUUGUUUUGCAUUGUUCUUUCUUUUGAAAAAUGUUCUUAGAGUCUUAAAAAUUAACGCAAACAUGUAUAAAAUAUUAUCAAUUGUCGCUUUGUUGUUUACUAUUGGCAAAAUACAAGCUCAAUAUGAUUUUACUGAACAAAGGGUGGACCAUGUCAUUUGGUGUACAAAGAGUGUGGAAGAACAAUACAAGUGCCAAAAUUUAACCUUAGCAAUUGAAAGAGAUCGUGCCCUUUUUGACGACGCUUUACUUAAUCUGACAUGUUUUAAAGCAUAUAGUGCGGAUGAGUGUAUUCAUCACAUUGAUCGUGAAAAUGCCCACAUAACAUCAUUGGAUGCUGGAGAUGUUUUUACCGCAGGACGUUACAAUUCAUUGAUACCACUUAUGCAAGAAAAAUUUGAAGGUGGUUUUACGAACUAUCAUUCGGUGGCUGUUGUUAAGUCUGGAACAUUGCAGGACGUAACAAGUUUAAGAGAUUUGCGUCAAAAAAAGGCUUGUUUCCCUUGGGUAGGGAGUUUGGCAGGAUGGAUAGUUCCUAUAUACACGCUGCAACGAGAGGGCGGAAUGGAAGUCGUUGAUUGUAAUAAUCAGGUGAAAACCGCUGCCAAUUACUUCAACAACUCUUGCGCUGUAUACUCGCUAAUUGAUAAAUAUAACCCUAUUGGUGAUAAUUCUGAUAAGUUGUGUACAUUGUGUACCGGAAAAAUUCCGGUAGGUAGAUGUUCUGCGGCUGAUCCCUAUUUUGGUUAUGAUGGAGCAUUCCGUUGUCUUCUAGAAGCUGGCGAUGUUGCUUUCUUGCGCGAUUCCACUGUUUUUGAAAUGCUUGAAACACCUGAGUUUAAAAACAUUUCACCAGAGCGUUUUGAGCUAUUGUGCCGUGAUGGUAGGCGCGUUCCUAUUUCAGAAUUUCGACAGUGCAACUGGGGACUUAUACCAUCCGAUGCGAUUGUAACAUCAUCAGCAAGAACAUUUUUGGAAAGAAAAAAAUAUCAAAAGUUCUUGAAAAAAAUAAUUGAGCUUUAUUCAGAUGGCCUAAAAGAAGAUCCCCAGCUACAGACAGCAUUGAAUGGAAACAGAGGAUUUAAUUACAACAACAAUUACAAUAAUGAUCGUAACAACGCGUAUGACAACUUUAAUUAUAAUUCGCAGAACUACGACCAAUAUAAUCGCAAUCGUUUUUCUAAUGCUCGGAACGAUCGACUGGACAGCGGUUUUACAACCGACCGAACUACAGAUAAUCUUAAUACUUCUGUGCAAUAUGAGAAGUUCAACAUUUUCGAAUCGAAACGUUAUGGAAGAACAAACUUAUUAUUCCAAGAUGUUGCAAAAUCUUUAGCUGUAAUAAACGAAGACGAUCAAUCCUUCAGCAAGUAUUUACAGAGCUCCAUUGAUUAUAUUUAUGGAUUGCGUGAAUGUCCUGUACCUGCAAUGACUUUAUGUGUAACUUCUGAUCCCGAACUUGAGAAAUGCAUAAAAAUGAGGAUCGCCCUCAAAGCCCAAAUUCUGAAGCCGGAGUUAAUCUGUAAAAAAAUGCAUUCCCACAUUAACUGUAUGCAGUGGAUACAAUCUGGUAAAGCUGAUAUUGCUGUCUUUGAUGCCGGAGAUGUAUAUACUGCAGGUUUAACAUAUGAUUUGAUUCCGUUUAUGUCGGAGGUUUAUAACCUCGGCGAACCCGAGUACUAUGUAGUAGCCGUUGCCAAGGAAGAAGAUCGCGACACAGAGUUGACCUAUCUAAAGGGAAAAUAUACUUGCCACACUGGUAUAAAUACGGCUGCUGGUUGGACAUAUCCAUUGGCACAUAUGAUUUCGAAUGGUUGGAUAAGACCAUAUGGUUGCGAUUCAAUAAGGGCUGCAGCUGAGUAUUUCACAAAGUCGUGCAUACCAGGAGCCAUAAGUAAUGAAUAUAAUACCGGCGUACCUUAUGACAGUAUGUGUGAUCUUUGCCACGGAACUAGUUAUCGAUAUUGCCGCCGUGAUGCAUCGGAAGACUAUUACGGUCAUACUGGCGCAUUUCGAUGUCUGGUAGAAGGCGGUGGACAUGUAGCUUUUAUGAAGCAUACAACUGUCAUGGAGAAUACAGGAGGAAAGCGUAAAGAAUGGUGGGCUCGUAAUGCUUUAAACGAUGACUUUGAACUAUUGUGCACCGAUGGCAAAAGGGCUGAAUUGCAGGACUAUAAAAAGUGCAAUUUAGGCAAGGUAAAAGCGAAUGCGAUUGUAACUCGGGGUGGAGUUAAUUAUAACGAAACUGAGAUUAAUGCCUACAUAAAUCUCCUAACUUAUGCCCAGCAAUUAUAUGGUCGUAAGAAUGUCGAUGCUUUUAGUUUCAGCAUGUUUUCAUCGCCAAUAAACUACUACGAUCUUAUCUUCCAAGAUGCGACGCGACAAUUGAAAGUUAUUCCUCCAAAUCAGAGACGUUAUGAUAUUUAUUUGGGAAGUGAUUUUAUGCGGGCCAGGCGUAUUACCGAUUGUCAUGCUGGUUCCAUGAAAAUAUCAACCUCAUUCCCUAUGAUACUGUUUUUAACGGCAUCAUUAAUUUAUUUAGUAAGAAUCUCUUUUUAAACACAUUCAUAUCAACUUAGAGUGAAACCAAACAUUCCAAACAAAUUAACAUUAAGUCGAACGAUAUUUACAAAGCUCGAAUUGUUUUUAGGUACAAACUCAUUGACUUUAUAUAGCACAACAUAUUUUAAAACUACAAUUACGUAAAAACAUAGAUAUACAUAAAAUUACAAAAUGUAUUUUAUAUACAAGUGCCUUUAAGAAAAACUUUUAUAAAAGCAAGCAAUUCCGUCCAUUUUUGUGUUUGUUUAACAUUUUCAAAUAAAUAUAGAAAUUUAUACAAUUUA